GCUGACAGACCGGAACGAAAAAUGGGAGUUACGUUUACUCCGUCGGAGAAUAAUUGCGGGCGGACCCGUCGGUCACAGCAGAACUUGUCCUUAGACAGUGGAAUUGACCUAUUCUCCUUUUAUAAAUAUUACUUAACAGUUAGGAUAAUAUAACACAACUAUGUCUCUUGCUGCAGAGGCUUUCGUAUCACAGAUGGCAGCUGCUGAGCCUUGGCCUGAAAAUGCAACCUUGUACCAACCACUGACAGAGGAUCAGAUCCUGCUGUCAGACUGCGCCUCAUCUCUGGCUGUUCAGGCCUAUCUCAGGAUGUGUGGUCUACCUGUGCAGGUGGUGUCCAGAGCAAAUGCUGAAUACAUGUCACCUUCUGGUAAGAUUCCCUUUAUCCAUGUAGGGAACCAGGUAGUGUCAGAACUUGGGCCAAUUGUCCAGUUUACCAAAGCUAAGGGUUUUGAGGGUCACUCUUUGAGUGAUGGCUUAGAUGAUGUUCAGCGAGCUGAAAUGAAAGCAUACAUGGAGCUGGUCAACAAUAUGCUGCUUACUGCUGAGUUGUAUAUCCAGUGGUGUGAUGAUGCUACAGCUGCAGAGAUUUCUCGUCCCAGAUACAGCAGUCCAUACUCAUGGCCUCUCAGUAACAUCCUCGCUUAUCAGAAGCAGUGGGAGGUUCGCAGGAAGAUGAACGCCAUCGGCUGGGGAGGAAAAACCCUGGAGCAGGUUUAUGAAGAUGUGAGUCAGUGCUGUCAGGCUCUUUCUCAGAGGCUGGGAACUCAACCAUACUUCUUUAAUAAACAGCCUACAGAGUUGGAUGCUUUGGUAUUUGGUCACCUCUUCACUAUUCUGACAACCAGACUGACCAACAGUGAGCUGGCAGAGAGGAUCAAGAGCUACAGCAACCUGCUAUCCUUCUGCAAGCGCAUUGAACAAACCUACUUUGAAGAUAAGAGCUCAUGAAGGACUGAAAAUAGUCUCUGCCCUCUCUUACUAUACAUUCUGUCUCUCAUUCCUUCACUGUAGCACUGUGAGAUGUGUGCCCAUUCUCCAUUCUUUUCUUUUUGAUUCUGCUUGUAAAUUGUUGCAUGCUGCUAGAAGUCAAGAUGAGCCAGUUUUUUUUUGUUUUUUUUAGCAAAAUAUGAUUAAAUAAACCAAUUUCCUAGGAAAAAUUAUGAGAAUAUGAGAACACAUUUGCUAGUCAGUCUGAUCUGGGUGGAUGUUUCCUGAGAAACAAGCAUACUUAUUUAUUCACACUGUGCUUUUCCAUCUCUUGCACUCUGUUCUAGUAGAAUGGUCUCUACCUUUUCAUAUAUUACAGUCCAUUUACAAAUGCCCUCAGAGAGGCAGGUAUGGAUUUGUCACAGCUGUUUGACAUGGCUGAAUUUUAGAAGGCUGCACUGCACUUGAACUGGGGUUGAGGUUAAAUGGCCUCCUGGUUUUUCCCCUCCAUGAACUGUAGAAGCUGGUAAGAAUGUGAAAGUAAUGUGAAAGUGUUGGUGUACCCUGUAAAUCCAGAGCUUACAUUUCUUCUGUACAAACAUAGAAAGGUAUGACCAUGAUGACGAAAAGGAUUUGGUGUUUCCUUAGUUUUUCCAUUGUUUUCUUUGAGAGAACGGAAAGUACCUACAAAAAUCAUUCACUCAUUGUGUUCAACUUGUAAUUUUUUGUCCUUCCUCUGUGCAUAUAGAAGGAGGUCAAAAUAUUAAAACCAUCUCUGAAAAUAAUUCAGCCAAGUAUUACACCACACACCCAUGGUUGUGUGUGUCUCUGCCUCCAGGUCUCAGACAAGCUCAGUGGUAAUGACUGACCAUCUCUGAUUGCCCUCCAGUUGAGCAGUUAGCACGUCUGUCUUCCAGGUUUCCUGUGAGGUCAGAGUUUGACCUUUGAACCUGUGAGACAUGACAUCAUGAGUAAUGACCUUUAACAACCAAACACGUCUCAGUUAGAGGUCAGAAGCUGGACAGCAGACACAAAGAGGAAACAGGAAGACUGAUAGGUACAUCUGACUAAAGAGGAAGAGUCAAGUCAGAUUUUAUUUAUAUAACCCAGUAUCGCUGUCUGUAGACCCUCACAUCAGGAAGGAAAAACUCCACAAGAAAAAAAACAUUAAUGGAGUUUGAAAAUGGAAGAAAACCCCACAAAGAGCAACAAAGUAUUGAUCUUUCUUCCUUAGCCAUAUGUGUAGUUUCAGACCACAUGACCUGGAGUCUCAGA